GCGCGACCGGUCACCCCGAUUCCUGAUCCUGCGCUCUGCAGGCAGCAGAACAUCCAGUUUGGGGCAGUGCCAGCUCCCACGCCCGGCUCUCCGGGUCGCGUAGCGGUAGGGUCCAGGGCUGUGUCGUGCGCGCUUCGAUGCGCGAUUCCUUCGGCGCUAAACGGGCUGGAAGGAGGGGGGAAGCGGGUCUGGGGCCCGGGAGGGGUCAGCUGAGGGAGGUUGAAGAGGGGGAUGGGCGAGGGCGCAGCGCCACUGUUUAUUGUGCUGGUCGCAGGGGAGGGGGACGGUUUCCUUGAUGAGAACGUCAUGCGCGCCGCUGGGUAGCAAUUUCUGGGGUGCAUGAUGUAGGUAUGUGUGGCUGAGUCGGGUGCGCGUAGAGGGGACGGUAGGUGGGAUAUAAGACGUGGGAUGGGAGGCGGUACGUAGGCUUUGCUUGUGGUACGCAUUCGACAAUUUUCAUCUGUUUGGCUGCGUCUUUCUUUGUACAGAGUUCAAAAUGGCUGUUCUUUCGACUUCGCUCGACAGGUCGGAGGUCUAUCCGGGGAGGAUCUUGUGGCUGCCAAGUCGAAGGCACUUGCCGGUUAGCCACAGCAUCCUGAGAGUGCCCAGUGGCGCUCCCAUCGAUGCGCGAGCAUACGGCCAUCCGGUUGUGAUAUGCUCCAUACCAACAGGCAGUGAGAUAAGUGGCCUUGUCCACUUCCAUGUGAUCACAUCUUUCGGCAAUCAAACACUCGAAGAAAGAUUCAGUGAUGGAUUUGAUGAUUGGAGACACCAGCAUACGUAUCUUCCCAUCGAGCCAGCCAGGUACCACCCGGAAAAUCUCAGGGAUCCAAACAUUCUGGGAUGUCCGCGCAUACGUAUUUCAAACGAUUUGAAAAUGGUCCGAGACUCUUACAUCAACGCAAACGAGGAAUAUGAAGCCGACUGGCAUAUCUUUGAUCGUUAUGAGACAAGAUACAAUCUUCCUCAGGUUCCUCUACGUCUUGACAGCAAGUCUGUCAGAAAAAUGCACAAUCGGUGCAGAUCCCUGGCCGCAAUGCCGGAAGUGCAGCCACCUCGCCCUGACUCUGGAAUUGGAGGAGUUUCUCCCAGUCUGGCGGACUUUUCCGAUGACAGCAGCACAGAAGGAAGCCACUCAGACCCCGAAAGCUCUGUUGUGGUUGAGAUACCAGAAGAUGACAUCUACGGGCCCGUUUCUGGAUUACAACCUCGCCAACCUCUCGGAUUUUCAGGAGUCAUCUCCUACUACGAAUCUGUUCCAUCAUCUGACAGAGAUGCUCUACCGCUACCCGUACAAGCAACCCGCAAAGCGGAAAAGCGCUCUGUUCGCGAUAUCAUCUCAGCCAUCGCAGCUUGGCUCCUGGCUCUCGGACUCCUCUGUAGGCGCAUGCUCGGCCGCGUCUGGGCAGUUAUCCGUCGAUUUGGGCGCAAGAAGGCGUAACGAAGGACGGAUUUCCUCGCAAAGUCCGACAAUCGGAGGUACGAUUUACGAUGAUUAAGUGGCCAAUGUCGACAUGUUUGAUCGGAUCCAUUCCAAGGCAAUGACGGGAGUUUGUGGUGUUACGGUUUCGGGUUGACUGGUAGGAUCUUUCGGCGUAAUGGUUGUGUCUUGUGUAAAGUCUUUCUCCAAUCUUUGCAAAUAGAUUUUUCUUUUCUCCUCAGAAAGUAGACAACCUUCCGCAAUUGCAGUUCGUAGGAAAACCCAGAGCGAUUCGUGAUGCCAACGGAAAUCAUAAGCUAGUUGAAGUGUUUUGUCAACAAUCACUUCAGUAACAUCUUGGCCUGGCUCUAGGCGUCGUAGGAGAUAGAGAAUAUAAGACCAGC